AUGUCACGAACAACUUGGAGGGAUAAGCUUCUCUUUUGCUUUUCCUCUGCACCGCCGCCUGUCAAGUGCAGAGCAAAGGCUGCUGCGCAACGCACAAAGGAAAAGAUACAUGGAAUUCCUACCAACGAAAUUGUUGAAGGUCAAGUUGGACUUCUUGACCUUGUCCCGAUUUUAUGGUCGUAUCUCGCCGGACCAGAACGCCUUGCUCUCAGGGCAUGCUGUCGAAAAAGCCAGAGCGUUCAUGAUAUGCUGUCCACGAAGUCGCAAAAGCUCUCAAAGGUUUCACAGAGCGCGGAUGUCAACCGCAUCUACUUCUUUUAUCCCUUACGCAAGGGCAUGAACGGCGACGGCACGAGGAAGGCUGCUGAGUACUCGUUCGCUUGCGCGGCAAUCCCUAUGCGGCACCGGGACCUGCCAAAAAGCACACCACGUUGUCGCCCUUGGCAGCAGCCGCAGCGUGUGUCCUGUGCCGGGCUCCAUUCGUGGGGACAGCACAAAGCCUCGACAACAAACUCCUUUUUCAUUCGUUACCCUGCGGGACCCGCCAUCGACGUUACCCACAGGCUCGCGGUUGUCCAGGCCAUAGCGGACGCAGACGCAUCUAAGGAGCUGGCAGUGGUGCAUCUAUGCGGAGUCCCCCUGACGUCUCAGAUGUCCCGAGCGCUGCAAAUGCUCCUAGCAGUAGCGCCUGCGGACGCACCGCCGCAACCACUGCCUCAACCGCCACCCAUCAAGGCGCCGUCAGUGCCUCUGCUAGCAGCCACCUCCUAUGCGUCCUCCGCCGGUGGCGGCGGCGGUGGCAUCGCCGCUACAUCUGCCCCGCUGCCCAUUAGCAGCACGCCCACGCCGCGAACGCUUACGACCGUUACACCGCCGCCACCGGCGCUGCCGCUGCGGCUCAACCUGUACGGGUACGAUUUAACACGGCAGCCCGCGGCGGUCGCCCUGGAGAUGCUGGUUGCUACGGCUGCGCCUCGGCUGAUGCGCCUGGAGCUGUGGGGCUGCGUCGGCUGGCCCAAGCGGAUGUCCACGCUGUUUCACACAUGCAGCCACCUCAGUCACCUCACCGUGUCGCUUCACCAGCUGCUGCCCUCGAGUGCUGGGCCCCAUUCCCACGCUGGUGCCGGCUCUUGCAACGCCGUAGUGGCGACGGGCGCUGUUGCCUCCGUCUCACCCCUCGCCGCCGCCGUGACGGCCGCCGGCAUCGUCAAAUCGAUUGGCGGCCUGCACCACCUGCAUUCUUUGGAGCUCCGUGGCUGCACAUUCAACAUGUGUCGCCGUACAAGUCACGACAUUGGCGGCCGUGGUGGCGUCAGCCGGCCCAUGUCCGGCGCAUCGUCCAAGGCCGCGGCGGAGCGUGCAGCCGUCGUCGCGGCGGCGCCAUCUGUACAGCAGCUCGCGACAGCGCUUUAUAAUCUGACCGGCCUUAAGCGCCUGGCCAUUAGCGGACUUCAAUCCGCGACGCCGCUGCUGACGGUAAUCGCCGCCAUGCGCGGCCUGCGCCGGCUGGAGCUGCCGGACGCCGCUGCCCCAGCGGUGGCGGACCUUGCAGCGAUCACGCGUGCUGUACCUCAGCUCAUGGACUUGACCCUUGGGUCGGUCGGGUCGGCCUCGGCGAUCGACGGCGCCAGUGCCGGCAUUCCCGCCGGCGCCGCCUCAGCAGGACCGGAAGUGCUGCCGUUGCCACCGGCACUGACUGCGCUUCGGAUUGUGCGUAGCCGGCCGACGCUGCGCAUGAUGCGAUCGAUACAGCGAACAGUGGAGUCGCGGGCCGCUGCCGCUGCUGCUGCGUCGGCCGCGGCGGCAGGUGGUAGCGGUGGGGCCGGCGGUACCAGGAUGGCGGUGGUAGUGCCUGGGAUUGAGAUCGACAUGCUUGACGUGGAAUUUGACGCUCUUCAGGGCUUUAGCCGCGGCUCUGACGGCAUUAUGCGAUCCACUAUGCUGCCGGCAUCGGCAGAGGCGCUGGCGGAGGCCAUCCGGCUCCUGGCGCCGCCCUGGCCACUGUCCGCACUGUCGACAGUGUAUGGAGGUGCUGGUGCUGCUCCUUCAAGCUAUGGACAUAGCCUUGGUGGCUUCGUUGGCGGUGGAGCUGACGCCGCGCCACCGCCGCCUGUCUGUGGCAUGGCAGUUCCUUCCUGCGGCACUCGAGGAAGCGUUACAUCGUGCAACGGUGGUGGUACGAGCAGUGUUGCAUCGUCAACCUGGGCCUCCGGCAGCGUCCCUUUUUCCGCCGCCGCCGCUGCCACUCCUGCCCUGUUGUCCUCGACCUCCUUCCGCGGCGGCGUCAGCAGCGGCUUUGCGUCUUCCUUCGCCACGAGCGCGCUUUCCACUUCAACUCGCCUCCGUGGCACCGGCGUCGGCGUCGGCGCCAAAGGGUUCGCCGGAUCCAGCGGCGGCGGUGGUGGCGGCUUCUGCGUCGGGGGAAAGCGGGAUGUCGGCUUGGACAUUGACGCGGAACCAGCUUUUGGCCACGCGGUCACACGCGAGCUCACCAUUCACAAUGCACAGGGCAGCUUGUGCCCACCUACUACCCUGGGGGAGAAGACCCCGCAGCAGCUGCUUGCGCCAGCGGGGGCCCUGGAGGCGCUGCGGGAGGCAGCGGCAGGGCCGGCAGUGACGGCGGCAGGGCCAGCGGCGGAGGGCGGCAAUGUGGAGGGUCAUCCCCCGUCAUGGCCGUUGCGGGCGCCCUUGGUGGGCCAUGCGGUCUGGAUUUCGGAAAUGCGGCCGCUAGGACUUGUGUCCCUUGAGCUGUACGGCAUUGGCAUGCGAGCGGGUGACGUGGAGGCCGUUUCGGAGCUGUCUACGUUGCAGCGUCUCACGCUGGCCUCUGGGGAGUUAGAAGUGGACGCACUGCCGUACCUCGCAAACUUGCCCGAGCUCGAGUACCUGGAGCUGUCGCGCUGCACGCCCUGCCGCGUUCGCCGCGGCGGCACUGCCGGCGUCCACCCCAGCACCAGCAUAGGCUUCGCGCGCGGAAGCGUCGGCGUCGCGCGGGUCAGCUGCGCCAGCAGCUACGAUGGCGACGGCGAGGGGCGUCCCAGCGGCAAGCGCGCGCUGCUGCAGCUUUGCAUGACAGCGCCGCGAUUGCGCCGGAUGCUUAUCGUGCGUUGCAUGGGCAUGGUGUCGCAAGUGGAGAGCACAGAGGGACCGCUGGGGGCGGAGUGGGUACGGCAGCGACUGCUGGCGGCGGGUCCUCGCGUCGCAGAGGGCGGCAAGGCACCGGUGCCGGCACCGAUGGAGAAGGAACGGGCUUUGAACACCCGAUCAUUUCUGGGCCGCCGUUCGUGUGCGUCGACGGCGUCAUCGGCGGCGGCGGCGGCUGGGUCUGCGCAACGGGGUGCGGAGGUGGAGCUGGGCUGGCCGGAGAUUGUUUGGCAUUAA